UACAGGUGAGACUACAGACACCACAUGAUCAGAGCUGAGGUUCAACGUCCAGGUGAGACGGCAGCUGGCAGUCAGAGAGCUGCUGUACAUGACAAAACAACACAGAUCUGGCAUGUAGUUAACAGAAUAAAGCUGAUUCCUCACACACAGGCGACAUGGACUCUGGUGGAUUAGGGGACGAAAAGAUUACUGUUUUGUCUUGGAUAUACGUGUCGUCUUUAAGUUUAAGUUUGAUCGGUAGCAGUUCUGUCAUGGUCGUGUCUAUCGUAAAGAGAAGACAUCUCAAUGAACAGGCUAAACCUCUUCUCCAGCUAGCCCUGGCAGAUUUCCUGGCUUCACUUGUUUUGAUGGGGACCGUCUUAAUAAACUUGCUAUCCUAUGAACGUUUGCCAAGAAGUGAAUGGUUCUGCAAUAAUGGCUUGCCUUUAUCUUUGACAUUCUACUGCAUCUCUUUUCUGCUUGUCAUCAUUUACGCCUGUGAGUCAGCGCGUGCAUUUCAAGUAUGGAGGGAAAAAGCAGAGGAGGAGGGGUUUGAAAACCAGAUACUGCGCAGAAGGAAGUGGUUUUGUCUGAUCUAUAUUAUUGUGUGGGUUGUUCCAAUUAUUGGAUUCGCCAUCUAUGUAAAAACUGUCAAACUUAUGCAAGCUACUCUGGUGCCAGCAUUCAAUCCCAAUGCACACAGCAGAGGAUGGCCCACUGCCAGGUUCUGCAACAGCUGCAUUCUUUUCCUGCAUAUCACAAAUGACACCUGCACAACUGUGGAUGCAGCUCACACUGAGUUCAUUCGAGAUUUCACUCUCAGCAGUGUGCUGAUCGUCCUCAUCAGCUGCACAGUGGUGUACUGUAGGUUAGAGAGCUGUUAUAGACAUUAUGAGAACGCAAGCAUGUUCACAAUGUCUCAGAAACAUCCAGGUGGGAUUUGGUCGUCAGCUCGAUACAUGAUCCUUGUGAUCAUCUUCUGCUGGGCACCAGCUCUUCUUCUGAUCUGUCUCUCAUUCACUUCACCCAGAAUACAAAAUCUCUUCCCUCUGUAUGUCAUACAGGCGCUGUCAGUGUCACUGCAGGGUUUCAUGAACAGUAUUGUGUACGCAUGGAGACGAAGUAAUUUCAGAGACGCUGUGCUGGGAGAGCGUGUGCCGCUCAUGGAUUAUUCUAACAGAGCCUUCUUCGAACAGUCAUUAAAUGAGCCAUCAUGAAAUCAAACAUGAAGUGUGUGUGUGUGUGUGUGUGUGUGAUCAUGCGUGUGUGUGUGUGUGUGUGUGGGAUCAUGUGUGUUAGAUCAUGUUUUUUUUUGUGUGUGUGUGAUCAUAUAUGUGUGUGUGUGUGUGUAUGUGAUCGUGUGUGUGUGUGAUCAUAUGAGUGUAUGUGUGUUUAUAUGUGAUCAUGUGUGAUCGCAUGUGUGUGAUCAUAUGUGUGUUUGUGUGUCUGUAUGUGUGAUCGUAUGUGUGUAUGUGUGUGUGUGAUCAUAUGUGUGUGUUAUCGUGUGUGUAUGUGAUCGUGUGUGCGUGUGUGUGUGUGUGUGUGAUCAUAUGGGUGUGUGUGUGAUCAUAUGUGUGUGUUAUCGUGUGUGUAUGUGAUCGUGUGUGUGUGUGUGUGUGUGUGUGUGUGAUCAUAUGGGUGUAUGUGUGUUUGUGUGUGUGUGUGUGAUCAUAUGGGUGUAUGUGUGUUUGUGUGUGUGUGUGUGAUCAUAUGGGUGUAUGUGUGUUUGUGUGUGUGUGUGUGUGAUCAUAUGGGUGUAUGUGUGUUUGUGUGUGUGUGUGUGAUCAUAUGGGUGUAUGUGUGUUUGUAUGUGAUUGUGUGUGAUCGCAUGUGUGUCUGUGUGUGUGAUCGUACGUGUGUUUGUGUGUGUGUGUGUGUGUUUGUGUGUGUGAUCGUAUGUGUGUAUGUGUGUGUGAUCAUGUGUGUAUGUGAUCGUGUGUGAUCGCGUUAGUGUGAUCAUAAAUGUGUGUGUGUGUUUGUGUGUGAUCAUAUGUGUGUGUGUGAUCAUAAGUGUGUGUGUGUGAUCAUAUGUGUGUGUGCGUGAUCAUAAGUGUGUGUGUGUGAUCAUAAGUGUGUGUGUGUGAUCAUAUGUGUGUGUGUUUGUGAUCACGUGUGUGUGUGUGUGUGUGUGUGUACGAAUAUUCAGACGUUGCAAAAUUCUGAGAGCUAGAAAUUUGCUUUAUAUUUUGUAUUUUUAUUAUUAUUUAUAUAUCUUUUUUUUUAAUGUUGUAAUAGUGAUACUUCUUGACAGAAAAGUGAACGUGUUACUGUCUGUAUAGUAAAAACAUUAUAAACCAUACUUGAAAUGUAUAGAAUCAUCAAAUCUGAAUGAGACCAUUUUUUUCUUUAGACAUUUAAGCCGAUUUUAUAUGGAAAUAUUGUAUUUCUGAUGUACACAUUUAACUACAGCUCUGUGAAAAUAAACAUUUGCAUCAUAAGAAUUUGCUCUGUCAUCACAUACCUCACAAUGACUCAGCAAGAAAUGUCAUGUUGUUAGUCAAACAUUGAGACGUCUCAGACUGUCGUGCCAGAGAGGGAUGAUUCUGCGUCAACCCAUGUCUAGAACAGAAUGUGCUUAACAUUAGAGCUGGAUGUCACAGCGAGUAAUCAUUAUGUCACAUUUUAUAGUCUAGAGAGUUCACGGCAUGCAUGUUUCACUAUAAGUCAAUAGUUUUAUUUUGUACUGAUCUUUGAUUCUGUCAUUCGCAAUGCUUCAUUUGAGUAGUUCAUUA